ACUGGAAGGCAGCACAAGUCCAUCCUCCCCAUCAGCAGUCUGGUCAACAACAUUUCUCCUCAAGACUCACCAGCAAACUUCACAGACUGCAUUUUAAAACACCGACAUGGAUGCCCUCAAGUCGGCCGGGAGAGCUAUUAUCCGGAGCCCAAGUAUGGCGAAACAGUCCUGGAUUGCCGGCAGACACAAAAAGCUUCCGGAGAACUGGACUGACACACGGGAGACCAUCUUAGAGGGCAUGACCUUUAACCUCCGUCACCUCGGCAUGACACUAGUGGACCAGCCCAAAGGAGAGGACUUGUCAGCCGCCGCAGUAAAGAGGAUCGUUGCCACGGCUAAAGCCAGUGGGAAGAAGCCUCAGAAGGUUGCUCUCAAGGUUUCCCCUCAGGGAAUCGUCCUACAUGACAGCUUGACCAAUAAACUCCUGGAAAAUGUCUCCAUAUACAGAAUAUCCUACUGCACAGUGGACAAACUGCAUGAAAAAGUGUUUGCUUAUAUCGCUCAGAACACCCUCAAUGGCACCCUGGAGUGCCAUGCCUAUCUCUGCUCCAAGAGGAAAGUGGCUCAGGCAGUGGCUUUGACAGUAGCCCAGGCCUUCACAGUAGCUUUUGAACUCUGGCAAGUGGCCAAAGAAGAAAAAGGGAAAAGAGCGAAGUCGGGUUCAGCUGGAGAGGCCAGCAGUAGUUCCCAUUCAGAGAGAUCUAACAGCUUGGGGAGCCUGAAAGGGACAGCAGAUGUCGCCACAGACAACCUAUUGGACUUUGAGGACAAUGUGAACAAGGUGGUGGAGACCAACGGGAAUGUAGCGGACGAUCAUCUGGUUGACCACAGGCCCUCUGAGACCAAUAACAACCCUGCCUGGGAACUAGAAGAUGGUUUGGAUGAAGCCUUCUCCAGCGGUGCUCUGGAUAGCUAUGGUUCAUUUCCAGCCUGGCAGUGUCACGUACUAACCCCCAGGUCCUGGACAUUGGGGUGACGCCCCAAGACUGGCUUACUGAACCCGACUGGGAUAGUGCCAAUGGAAACACUCCCAACGGUCUCAGCCCGUUUGGGGAUAAUUUCUUUGGCUUCUGACCACCACAACACAGCAGAGAGGGAGAGAGAGACAACAGCUGAGGGGAGGAGGGGGGUGUCUUCAUGUCUGGCUAUGAAUGAACAGGGCAUCACUGUGUAUUUAAGAUGAGGCUACAGUAAGUCCAUAAGGGAAUAAGUGUAGAACUGUGAGAUAAUGUUUGGCCUCUUCACCUUGUUGUUGCACUCUUCACAUGGACAAUUCUUCCCUUCUCUGUGGAAACACACCAAAGCAAUAAUAUCACAUUAUGGUUACUACAUGUGUCCUCUUCACUGCAAACAUCCUUACAAGUCAUCCAUAAUCAGUGUUAUGUAUAUGUGUUUAGUUAUAAUUUAUAGUUGUAUAAUUAUUUUUUUUAUGGAUGAAGAUUAGGAUUUAAUAGUAUUUAAUUCAGACCGGUGUUAAGACUGUUUCAACAGGCCUUAUUAACAGCAGGACAAUCAGCCACACUGUGUCUUUAAGGUUAACACCAUGAAUGUCUGCUCAAGUUUCAGUGGAUUUAGUUAAUGUGAGGAUUUGGCCUUUCACCAUCUGGGGGGGUAAACAGCAGAUCGUUUUAUGUGUGAAAUCAAUCUAGUUUUUGUAUUUAUAUGAACUCUUUGUAGCAGUGGCUCAUUCAAGACAUGACAUUAUAGGCAGUACUUGCAGUGUAACUACUUUCUUGACGGAAGCCCAGGUGUUUUCAAGGUUCAGAUUCCAUUAUGGCCAUUUCAUGUACACUGUAACCUACCAGCAUUAUACAGAAUUAAAAUAUAUUCACGAAUAAGAAAUCA